UGGCAGGUAUGACUGGAAAGACACCGGCCCUGAGAGACUCUCCAAGGCACCGCGCGUCUUGACGCACAAACCACUUUUACGCAAACAGCUUUUCUGCGUUUUACGCUGGAUCUUGCAACUCUGCACCUCUAUCAGCAUGAAGUUAGAAGUGUUGUGUGGAAACCAUGACACGACGCAGCUUCAGAUCCCCAUGGAUGAAGAGGGGAAAGAAAAGUCCGCUCUUUCUGCAGAGGAGGAGCUGGGGUCCGAUGGAGACUGCGUGGCACACAGCCCUCCACUGGUCACUCCAGGUGGGAGCAGCAAAUCGAAACCAUACACACGGAGACCCAAGCCCCCUCUUUCCUACAUCGCUCUGAUCGCCAUGGCUAUCCGAGAUUCCCCCACCGGACGUCUGACUUUGGCGGAAAUAAACGACUACUUGAUGAAAAAGUUCCCUUUCUUCAGGGGCAGCUACACCGGCUGGAGGAACUCUGUGCGACACAAUCUGUCUCUGAAUGACUGCUUUCUGAAAGUACUCAGGGACCCAUCCAGGCCCUGGGGAAAAGACAAUUACUGGAUGCUCAACCCUAACAGCGAGUACACGUUCGCUGACGGGGUGUUCCGGCGCAGGAGAAAGCGCAUCAGUAAGCAGUUCAACCGAGUGCAGGACUUGUCGGAGAGCACAGAGGAUCCUCAGGGUACCGACAAGCCUGACCCAAGCAGCAAGACUGAGCCCCGUCCCAAGUUUACAAGCUCAUUUGCUAUUGAGAGCAUCCUCAGCAAGCCUUUCAAAAGAGUCUCAACCAAGCAGCCAUUUUUCCCUGCAUUUAUCUGGCCUUACUCUGACCUCAUGCUGCAUCACUCAGGCGCAUCUGCUUUCCCCCCCUCCUUUAGCUGGGCUGCUCGUUGAACCUGGUGCUGGAACGCUUUUCUUAUGAACAGAACAAAAGACAGACUCACAUUGUUAUUGUUUUUGUUUUUCUUGUUUGAGAAUUUAAAGUCAUCAGUGAAUGAUACUUUAAUUUAUUACCUUAUUGAUGCUGGCAUGUUUUCUUUUAUUUUUACCUUUACAUGCUGCCUUUUCUUUAUUUAUUACUUUGUUGACAACAAUUAAUUGUAAAUAUGACUGCGUACAGUACACUAAUACUUUUGUUAUUUGAUAGGCAAAAUGUCUCAAGAUGCACUUUGUUUUCUUUGUCAAAACCUCUCAUAAAAAUAUUUUAAAACAGCAAAAAUAAAAAAAAGUAAAAACAACAGUA